GGAUAAAUCUCUUCAAAUAUUUUACAGAGUUUGACUCUCUUUGUUGACUACUAGGACCAGCAACCUGGGAAAGUGAUGGCUCAUCAGACUGGACUCAGCUGCCAGGGGAGUGGGCCUGCCACUGUGAGCCUAUCUGAGCUGGGGGUGGGUCAGGGGACUGAGUAGCUCUAUAUGAUGAGUGAGAGUUGGCGGGAAGAAUCUCACUUUUUGUAUUUUGGCAAGAAUUUGAAAUCUCAGGGGUCUGAGUCAUGCUGUAGUCUCACCACAGGCCUCAGGGGAGUCAACUUCUGACCUGGGGGCCUGGUCUGGGUUUGUGGUGUCUGAGUCAUAGUUCGUGUGACAAAAGUACGUGCUCCGGUGUGGAAAGCAGGCAGAGGCUUUUCCACUCCAUUCUGUCUCAUUGACAAUGAAAAUGCUAGCUGUGACCCACCACAUGGGUUUCAUGACCCACGAAUGGACCAGGCAGCUGUUUAGAAAACACUGCGGCUCAAUUUCUGCCCUCUCUGAGGGGUGUUCUAGAAAUCUGAAAGAGCCCAAAGACCUUGUUGAGGAGCAGGGGGAUCCUGGCUGAGCCUGCAAGCCCUGGGUCUCUUCCAGACUUUCCUGCCUCUAGCAGCUGCUGCUCUAGGUGGCCAUUGGUGGGCUGCAUUUGCUCUCUGCUUGCAAACAUCGAUGACACAGGUAUUUUGGGUGUGGUUUAGUAGUGGCCCGACACAAUUUUGUUUCCAGUUUGUCACACUGACAAGGUUUUAACCUGACAAAUGUUAAACACAAAUUAUAGGAGGCCAUUGUUUUGGACUAAGCUCUUGCACUAGGCCCCAAAAGACAAGACUAAAAAUAAAAAUAAAGUCACCCAUGCUAAAGUUUCAGGUCACCAAACUUACUGGAAAGGCGUCCUGAUCCUGAGCCCUAGAGAAAGUUCUUGGAUCUCCUACAAGAAAGAAUUUGGGAUGAGUCCACAGAGAACAGUAAAAGGAAGUUUAUUAAGAAAGAAGGGAAUAAAAGAGUGGCUACUCCAUAGGCAGAGCAUCCCCAAGGGCUGCUGGUGGGUAUUUUUUAUGAUUAUUCUUGAAUAUGGGCUAAGCAAGGGGUGGAUUAUUCCUGAGUUUUCCAAGAAAGGGGUGAGUUAUUUGGUUAUUCCCCCUUCCCUUUUACAAGGGAACCCUUAAUCCUAAGGGUUGUAGAGUCAGGAAAUAUGUCAGAAGGGGUCGACUCAGAGACUCUUCAUCUUGAAUAGGAGCUGGGUAAAAUGAGGCUGAGAUCUGCUGGAGUGCAUUCCCAGGAGGUUAGGCAUCCUUAGUCACAGGAUGAAAUAGAAGGUUGGCAGGUGGUAUCACAAGAUACAGGUUACAAAGACCUUGCUGAUGAAACAGGAUGCAGUAAAGAAGCCAGCCAAAACUGGCCAAAACCUGCCAAAAACCAGCAAGGUGAGGAAAACUACCUCUGGUCUUCCUCAUUGCUCAUUAUUCGCUAAUUACAAUGCAUUCUCAUGCUAAACGACACUCCUACCAGCACCAUGACAGUUUAUAAAUACCAUGGCAACAUUUAGAAGUUACCCUAUAUGUUCUAAAAGGAAGAAUUCCUAGAAAACUCAUGAAUAAUCCACCCUUAUUUAGUAUAUGAUCAAGAAAUAACCAUAAAAAUAGCCAACCAGCAGCCCUAGAGGCUGCCCUGCCCAUGGAAUUGCCAUUCUUUUAUUCCUUUACUUUCUCAAUAAGCUUGCUUCUUUCACUUUACUCUGUGGACUCACCCUGGCCCCAAAUUCUUUCUUGCGCAAGAUCCAAGAACAUUCUCUUGGGGUCUGGAUUGGGACCCUUUUCCGGUAACAAAACUAAAACUAAGUUGUUAAUCUACCUUCAGAGAGAGAGAAUAGCCAACUUCCUAACCAGGCCAGUUUCAGUCUUCAGUCUGAGGCAGCAAAAUAGGGUCUGGAGGCAGGGAACAUAAGGCCGAUUCACACUUUAGCUAUGACAGGAAAUAGCCUCUGCGUAGGCUAAGUAAAUGACUUUGUAACUUUGCAUCAUCCCGUUCAUUUACAUAGUGUGUGCCCCAAGCGGAGGACAUUGAAACUCCCCAAAAUUCUGGAAUGGGGCCUUUGAGCCCCUACGCUCAGGCCCGCUCCCACACUGUGGAGUGUACUUUCAUUUACCUUUUUUUUUUGAGAUGGUGUCUCACUGUGUCACCAAGGCUGGAAUGCAGUGGCAUGAUCUCGGCUCACUGCAACCUCUGCCACCCAGGUUCAAGUGGUUCUCCUGCCUCAGCCUCCCAAGUAGCUGGAAUUACAGGCACCUGCCACUGUGCCCGGCUAGGUUUUUUUUUUUUACUUUUAGUAGAGACGGGGUUUCACCAUCUUGGUUAGGCUGGUCUUGAACUCCUGACUUUGUAAUCCACCCGCCUCGGCCUCCCAAAGUGCUGGGAUUACAGGUGUGAGCCACUGCGCCUGGCCGUACUUUCAUUUUCAAUAAAAUCCUUAAUUCCUUCCUUGAUUUGUUUGUGUGUUUCACUCUUGUAACCCAGUAUGGAGUGCAAUGGCGCGAUCUCGGCUCACUGCAUCCUCCGCUGGGUUCAAGCAAUUCUCCUGCCUCGGCCUGCCUAGUACCUGGGAUUACAGGCACGCGACACCACGUCCAGCUAAUUUUUUGUAUUUUUAGUAGUGACGGGGUUUCACCAUGUUGGGCAGGCUGGUCUCGAACUCCUGACCUCAGGUGAUCCAUCCGCCUCGGCCUUCCAAAGUGCCGGGAUUACAGGCGUGAGCCACCACUCCCGGCCCAACCCCAUGUUUUCUCAGGAACUGGAGUUCCCUUUAGGAAGCAAGUAACAGAGGUGCUGGGCUGCCCGGGCCUCUAGGUCUUCUUCUUUCCCAGGCUCUGUGCUCUCACCAGAGUGCGCGUUCGGGAAGCAGGGAGAGGACCAGGAAAGACGCCUGAGACGGAGAGUGGGCACCGGCCGGGGGCAGGCAGGUCUGGCCCCUGCGGGUCAGAGUGCAGCGCCGGUUUGAGGCAGUUCGGCCACUUAGCUGCGACUCGAAAUGAAUGAGUCACUUCCCCUCCUCGGGCGAGCUCCUGGCUUUGCCCCAGCAAGCGGGAACUCCCAGGAUCAGGAAGGUCCCAGAGAAACUCCCCAGGGGGGAAGCCGAGGCCGUCCAGAGAGGUCCAGGGUACACACAGUGACAGUGCCAGCUCCACAUUCCCGACCACCGGGCCAGGGCUGGUUCCACGCUGUCAUUUCUCUCCGCUGGCCCCAGCCGCGGGGCCACCUCCAGACAGACCGGGGAUCCUGCCUGGCGGCGUGACCUUGGGUUAGUCCUCGAGCCGCUUCUAGCCCGGUUUCCUCCGCCCCAGGUUAGGACCACGUGGGGCGGGGCCGCUCGCAGACUCCAUAUGAGAUUCACCUCGCAAGUGGUUCCCUCAUUCGAGUGCUCCGGCGCACAGACUCGCGCCCCGCCGUCCGCGAGCCUCCCGAGAGCCGUCCCUUCGUCCGGCCCUGGAGCAUUGUGUUUGUCGCCGGUGUCGCAGUGCGAGGAUGGCGCCGCGGGUGUAGCGGGUCUCUGCGCAGGCCGAGUGGGCCCAGAGAAGCGAGGAACUCCGCAGCUCGUCGACACGUCUCGUCUCCUGUCCCAAUUCAGGGCUUGGUGAGGUGACUCGCGGUCGCGGGUGACUCGCCGGCAGGACACUGCCUGGAACGCCUGGAGCGCCUCCCACUGCAGACGUCUGUCCGCCUCCAGCCGCUCUCCUCUGACGGGUCCUGCCUCAGUUGGCGGAAUGGCGGCCACGGGAGCCAAUGCAGAGAAAGCUGAAAGUCACAAUGAUUGCCCCGUCAGACUUUUAAAUCCAAACAUAGCAAAAAUGAAAGAAGAUAUUCUCUAUCAUUUCAAUCUCACCACUAGCAGACACAAUUUCCCAGCCUUGUUUGGAGAUGUGAAGUUUGUGUGUGUUGGUGGAAGCCCCUCCCGGAUGAAAGCCUUCAUCAGGUGCGUUGGUGCAGAGCUGGGCCUUGACUGCCCAGGUAGAGACUAUCCCAACAUCUGUGCGGGAACUGACCGCUAUGCCAUGUAUAAAGUAGGACCGGUGCUGUCUGUCAGUCAUGGUAUGGGCAUUCCUUCUAUCUCAAUCAUGUUGCAUGAGCUCAUAAAGCUGCUGUACUAUGCCCGGUGCUCCAACGUCACUAUCAUCCGCAUUGGCACUUCUGGUGGGAUAGGUCUGGAGCCUGGCACUGUGGUCAUAACAGAGCAGGCAGUGGAUACCUGCUUCAAGGCAGAGUUUGAGCAGAUUGUCCUGGGGAAGCGGGUCAUCCGGAAAACGGACCUUAACAAGAAGCUGGUGCAGGAGCUGUUGCUGUGUUCUGCAGAGCUGAGCGAGUUCACCACAGUGGUGGGGAACACCAUGUGCACCUUGGACUUCUAUGAAGGGCAAGGCCGUCUGGAUGGGGCUCUCUGCUCCUACACGGAGAAGGACAAGCAGGCGUAUCUGGAGGCAGCCUACGCAGCCGGCGUCCGCAAUAUCGAGAUGGAGUCCUCGGUGUUUGCCGCCAUGUGCAGCGCCUGCGGCCUCCAAGCGGCCGUGGUGUGUGUCACCCUCCUGAACCGCCUGGAAGGGGACCAGAUCAGCAGCCCUCGCAAUGUGCUCAGCGAGUACCAGCAGAGGCCGCAGCGGCUGGUGAGCUACUUCAUCAAGAAGAAACUGAGCAAGGCCUGAGCGCUGCCCUGCACCUCCGCAGACCUGCUGCGAUGACUUGCCAUUAAAAGCAUUGUCCAAAA